AUGGAUCCAGACGGCCUGUUCGACUUUCUCGCUCCUGCAGAGGCUGCACCGAGCCCUGCUGCCUCAUCAGGCUCUUCGCCAUCCAAGAAGCAGAGGAAACGAUCCAAAGCUGCUGCUGCCUCUUCGUCCUCUUCGCAAGAUGUCACCAGCUCGCCUUCCGCUUCGCAGAAUAACGACGCUGCCACGUCAAAUCCACAGAACGCUGAUGCUGCUUCCGACGGUGGCGAGGCAGAAGCAGGCCCCUCGAAACGCCAGAAGCGCAAUACUACCUCGGAUAAGCCAGCUCCCGUCCCUACCGUGGUGACAGACGAGUUCACUGACGAAGCCACCCAAGCCAUCCCCAUCGAGGAUGGCUCUGCUGCUCCCUGCAACUCUGCAGGCGCGAGUGAUGCUGACGGGGCUGCUGCGUCGGCCACAGGCGGCGCUUCUGCCUCAACCGCGAACACCAAUGCUGCCGAAAAAAAUAUGCAUAUCACGCAUUCCGUUCGUCAUCAGGUCGCUCUCCCUCCCGAUUACCCAUACGUACCGCUAUCACAGCAUGUCCCCAACGACCCCCCUGCCAAAGAGUACAAAUUCACCCUCGACCCUUUCCAGCGCAACUCAGUUUCUUGUAUUGAGCGCAACGAGUCGGUCCUCGUCUCGGCGCAUACCUCGGCUGGUAAAACCGUCGUGGCCGAGUACGCCAUCGCUCAAUGCCUCAAGAACGGUCAACGUGUCGUCUACACUUCUCCCAUCAAGGCGCUCUCCAACCAAAAGUUCCGUGAGCUCACCGCCGAGUUUGGCGACGUCGGCCUCAUGACCGGUGAUGUCACCAUCAACCCGUCGGCAUCCUGCCUCGUCAUGACCACCGAAAUUUUGCGUUCCAUGCUCUACCGUGGCUCAGAGAUCAUGCGUGAGGUUGCAUGGGUCGUCUUUGACGAGAUUCACUACAUGCGCGACAAGGAGCGUGGUGUUGUCUGGGAAGAGACCAUCAUCCUGCUACCACGCAAGGUGCGCUACGUCUUUCUCUCGGCCACCAUUCCCAAUGCCAUGCAAUUCGCAGAGUGGAUCGCCCAUACCCAUGCACAGCCGUGUCACGUUGUCUACACCGAUUUCCGUCCCACUCCUCUCCAGCACUACCUCUUUCCUCAAGGAGGCGAAGGCAUCCACCUUGUCGUCGACGAGCGCGGCACAUUCCGCGAGGACAACUUUCAGAAAGCCAUGGGUGCGCUCGCCGACUCCAAGGGCGAAGACGUGGCCGACCCCAACGCGGGAGCUGGAAAGCGUCGCGGUCAGGUCAAAAAGGGUGGCAAUGCAGGCAAAAAGGGUCCCUCGGACAUUUACAAGAUUGUCAAAAUGAUCAUGGUCAAAAACUAUAACCCCGUCAUUGUCUUCGCUUUCUCCAAGCGCGAAUGCGAGGCGCUUGCAUUGCAGAUGAGCAAGCUCGAAUUCAAUACAGAAGACGAGAAAGAGAUGGUCUCGACCGUCUUUUCCAAUGCUAUCAAUGCACUUUCAGAGGAAGAUCGAGGCCUCCCCCAGAUCGAGCACAUUCUUCCGCUCCUUCGUCGCGGCAUCGGCAUUCACCACGGUGGCUUGUUGCCCAUUCUCAAAGAGGUCAUCGAGAUCCUCUUCCAAGAAGGUCUCAUCAAGGUGCUCUUUGCCACCGAAACCUUCUCGAUCGGUCUCAACAUGCCGGCCAAGACGGUCGUUUUCACCGCCGUCAACAAGUGGGACGGCAAAGAGUUCCGCAACCUCACCUCGGGCGAAUUUAUCCAGAUGUCAGGUCGAGCCGGGCGACGUGGACUCGAUGACCGUGGUAUCGUCAUCAUGAUGUUCGACGAAAAGUUGGAACCAAGCGCAGCCAAGACCAUGGUCAAAGGCGAGGCGGAUCGUCUCAAUUCGGCCUUCCACCUGGGCUACAACAUGAUUCUGAACCUCAUGCGCGUCGAAGGUAUCUCGCCAGAGUAUAUGCUGGAGCGGUGCUUCUUCCAGUUCCAGAACGCCGCUUCGGUGCCUGCGCUCGAGGCCGAGCAGAAGGCGGCUGAAGAACAGCGCGACCUGAUCGAGGUGGAGCGCGAAGAAGAGGUGGCCGAAUACUACGACGUCAAGCACCAGCUCGAGACGCUGCGCAAGGAUGUGCAGACCGUCAUCACCCAUCCGUCGUACGUGCUGCCGUUUUUGCAGCCCGGUCGACUGGUGAAUGUGUGCCAUGACGAUCUCGACUUUGGAUGGGGUGCGGUCGUGUCGUAUGAGAAGCGACUGCCGAAUACACCGGGCAAACGCGGGCCUGCUAUCGAUCCCAACGCGCCGCCGCAGAAUCAUUACGUGGUCGAUGUGCUUCUGCACUGCGCCUCGGGUUCCGGCUCAUCGGACAAGAACGCCAAGAACGAUGGCACGAGCAACUUUCGCCCUUGCCCUGCAGGCAGCAAAGGCGAGAUGGUCGUCGUUCCUGUUCUGUUGUCGACGAUCCAGUCGAUUUCGGGCAUUCGCGUCUUCCUCGCCAAAGAUCUGCGUCCGAGUGAACCUCGCGAAACGGUGCGAAAGAACCUCGUCGAAGUGAAACGCCGCUUCCCCAAGGGCGUACCACUUCUGGACCCGAUCAAAGACAUGAAGAUUAAAGACGAGUCGUUUGCGCACCUCGUGGAAAAAAUCAAGAUUCUCGACGACAAGCUUGGCUCGUCACGGCUGCGCAACGAUCCAGAUCUGCCACGACUCUAUGCGGCUUAUUCAAAAAAGCAGGCAGCACAACAAGUCGUUAGCGCGAUCGCCAAGAAAAUCGCCGCUGCGCAUUCCGUCUUGCAGCUGGACGAGUUGAAAUGUCGCAAGCGCGUGCUUCGACGACUUGGCUUCACAACGUCAGACGAUGUCGUGGAGAAGAAGGGCAGGGUCGCAUGCGAGAUCUCGACCGGCGACGAACUUUUGUUGACAGAGAUGAUGUUUAACGGUGUCUUCAAUGACCUUACGCCGCCGCAGUGCGCGGCGCUGUUAUCGUGUUUUGUGUUUGGCGAAAAGUCGACCACGCAAACGCGGCUCAACGAGACGCUCGCCGCACCGCUGCGCAUCAUGCAGGAAACCGCACGUCGAAUCGCCAAGGUCUCGAUCGAAUCGAAACUGGCGCUCGUCGAAGAAGAAUACGUGUCAAGCUUCAAAGUGGAACUCAUGGACCUGGUCAUGCAGUGGUGCAACGGUGCAAAGUUUGCCGAGAUCUGCAAACUCACCGACGUCUUCGAGGGAAGCAUCAUCAGAUGUAUGCGCAGACUCCAAGAGUUGAUCAGACAGCUCGUCCAGGCUGCCAAGGCUAUUGGCAAUGAGGCGCUCGCCGAAAAGUUCGACAAAUCUCUCACCAUGUUGGAGAGGGAGGGAAGCAUCAUCUUUAGUCCAUCGUUGUAUUUGUGA